GAAGAACUAAGGAUUCGCCUUAGAACCAAAGGUGAAACAGGCAGGCACGGCAUGCUCAGCGGAAUACAAAGCAAGUUUCAAGGUCACGCACGCCCUUAUGCUGGAUCAUCUCAAGUACCUGUACACUAACUUUACAGUUCGAGCUCCUCGCAAUAUACAAAGGUGAGCUGCACAAUAGCGAUAUGGAGCGAAUCAAGCUGUCAGGAGGACGAUUCAACUCUACCCUCGGCCUCAUUUUCACAUUUUGUUUUUUUGUACAACCCAGUCCGACUUCGAAUCUCGUUUCACCCAGCAGGCGGCGCGGGACGACUCAACCUCAUCCUGACAAUCUUCCCUGUGUCUCGACUGUGUCGUGUGCGCCUCCAUUCAAGGGAGUAUCAAUAAUUUCUUUAUGUCAUCGACUUUACGAUCGCAUAGAAUUGGCAUCUAUGGCUGCUCAGGAAAAGUCCAUGUUUGCGAUGUGCUUGGGAUCACACGACAUAGUCAACGUUGAAAGGUUGCGUGACGUCGUUGAAACACUGUCACUGCGGGGGCGUGUGGCUGAAGCUUGUACAGAAUGACAAGUCUGCCGUUGCAGUGCAAGGGUGUGUCCCAGCAGGGAUCGAUGAAUUGCGACUCCCCUGGACGACCUUGCAGACAGUCAUGGCGCCGUAAGCGAGCACUGCAUGAGUAUGCAUUCAAAGCUGA